AAAAUGCCGGUCAGUCAUUGAUCUGAAUGACGCGGUCAAGUAAAUGAUUGAUAAAUUUAUAAUUUAUAUUUGGAAUAACAACGCAGGAUUUUUAUUUUGUUCGAAAUGUAUGAUUGUGUUUACACAUUUAAAAUGAUCGUGUACAUAUUGGAGAAAUAAAUUCCGCAUCAAUCAUCAUACUUUCUACUAUUUUGUUCGAAAGGCGAAAUAUUUGAUAAGAGCUUUUAGUUACAUGUUACAUUCAAAAUAUGGGCGAUAAAAUUGAAAUGCUACCAUCGGUAGAUAAUGAAGUAAAAGAUAUGCUAAUCACAGUGGACAAGUCUUUUAGAAAAAAGUACAACUUGGAACCGGAUUUUUAUGUACGAGUUCCUGGUCGUGUAAAUCUAAUCGGCGAACACAUAGACUACUGCGGAUACUCGGUAUGCCCUAUGGCAAUUAAACAAUGUAUCGUUGCUGCCGUCAAAUCGAGAUCCGAUUCAAGUUUAAUACUGUCCAAUCACGAGAGUGGAAAAUACCCCGAUUACUCCGGUAAAAUUGGUUAUCUAGACGUCAAUAAAGAUACUACCACCGGUUUCGGUCCCAGAUGGCACGAUUACGUUUUAUGUGGUUUAAAAGGUGUCGUAGAAUCCGGAAAUGUAGCUCCGACCAAAGGAUUAAUAAUUCAUUUGUAUGGAAAUAUUCCUGUAGCCAGUGGCCUUUCGAGUUCCAGCGCAUUAGUUUGUUGUGCUGCUCUUUCAUUGAGCGUUACUCUGAAUUUAUCUCCAACGAAGAAAAAUUUAGCGGAGAAAUGUGCCAAAGCUGAGCGUUACAUUGGAACCGAAGGCGGUGGAAUGGACCAAGCUAUAAUAUUUAACGCGAGAAGAGGAACAGCGAGUCUUAUAUCUUUUGAUCCGCUGAGACUUACCGAGGUACAAAUACCCCCCGCAUGUACAUUUGUGAUUGCUCAAAGUAUGGUACAAAAAAAUAAGGCAGCUUCGAACGAUUUCAAUUCCAGAGUGGUCGAAUGCAGAUUGGCAUCUUUGAUUAUUGGGAAACAUUAUUUAAAAAAUUGGAAAAAGUUUCCUAGACUAAUGGAUUUACAAAAGGAACUGAAAUUCGACCUUGGUAAAAUGCUAAAAGUUGUUCAAGAGGUGUUUCACGAUGGACUGUACACGAAAUUAGAGGUAUGUCAGAUACUGGAUAUUAGCGAAGAAGAACUGGAGAAUAAGUUUUUAACUAGGAAUACUCGACAUUUGAAUACAUUCAAAUUAAAACCCAGAGUAACGCAUGUGUUCGCAGAGGCUUUAAGAGUGGACAUGUUUUGUAGUAUUUGUGACGGUGCGAAAUCAAUUGACGAGCUUGGUCGAUUAAUGAACGAAAGCCAUUUCUCUUUGAAAAAUUUGUACGAAUGUAGUCACGUCGAACUAGAGAAAUUGGUGACGAUUUGUUCACUGAAUGGUGCUUCGGGAGUUCGUCUGACCGGAGCUGGUUGGGGCGGAUGUGUUGUAGCCCUUGUACCAUUAGCCACUGCCGAAGAAUUUGUGAAAUCGGUCAAAGCGGCCUUCUACACUGGUAAAGUACCAGCUUCGGUGAACAUAGACGACUUGAUAUUCAUUACUAAGCCACAUCAUGGGGCUGCUGUGUUCCAGUCAGGUGCUGUUGAUUAUUAAUCUUGUCUUCGUUGUUGUUAUUGUUUUGUUAAUCAAAAUUAUUAGUGAGAAUUUAUUUACGAAUUUUUAAUUCGAAAUUGUUACUUAAAUUAUUUUGGCCAUUUAAUAUGAAAAGAAAACUUUCUUGUCUUUAUUUCUUCAUUUCCUGUAAAAUCAUUCUUCCCUGCAUAUUUUUUGUGAUUUUCGUAACCAGGGUAGAAAUGUCUAGUACGCCACACCAUUAUUGAACAGUUGAUAUUUUUUUAGUAUGGUUUUGUGAAAUUUUGCGAGAACUGAACACCAUUCAACUUUCCUUACCUGUGAAUCAUGAUCUCAAUGCGCAUUUGAAAUUUUCCUCAUUUGUUUUUCGUUUUUUUUCCUCGUCAACAUACUCGAUUAUUCGAGUAAUAAUAGCCUUAAAAUGUUGAACACAUUUUUCAUAAUUCAAUUUCAACUUUCAUUCCUCGAUCAUUAAUUAAAUCCAUGUUUGGUUUUAUUUAUUCUUUGAGUAUCGAUACAUUGAUACUUUCAAAUUACAUUUUAAUACAAAUUUUUGUUUGUUUCAUUUUAUGCAGGUACAUAUUAUAAUGUUUUGAUUAAGUUGUUUUUUUCUCUAUCUGAUGAGAUAGGUUUUUACCAUCCCAGUUAUUUUUAUUGUAAUUUUUUCAUUUGUGCUGGUUUGUUAACAUAAAUAACUGAAUCAUAUUGUACUGAAUAUCCUUAGGGCUUAAAAUACCUAUGUCUUAAUAAAUCAUCUGUAUUUUUGAAUUUA